CAUGGCCAGCAAACUUAGACACAUUUUUACGGGAUUGUUGAUUUUGAUUUCGUUGCAUUGGACUGUGUCUGUUUCAGAGGAAGAACUCCAUGCCAGCUACUGGAACAACAAGGCGAGACAGGCUCUCCACACUGCCCUGAAUGUAAAGCCUGAUGUCCACCAAGCCAAAAACCUCAUCCUCUUCCUCGGAGACGGUAUGGGGAUACCGACAGUGACUGCUGCCCGGAUCCUCAAAGGCCAGUUGGCAGGACAUUCUGGGGAAGAGACCAGUCUGGUUAUGGAUACCUUUCCUCACCUGGCACUCUCUAAGACAUACAACGUGGACCAGCAGAUGCCUGACAGCGCCGGCACAGCCACAGCCUACUUAUGUGGUGUGAAGGCUAACUACGGCACUCUGGGUGUCAGUGCCGCAACUCCAAGAUACAACUGUAAUGCUACCUACGGAAACGAAGUCACAUCUAUUCUGCACCGCGCCAAGAUAGCAGGAAAAUCUGUAGGAAUUGUCACUACAACCAGAGUGCAGCAUGCCUCUCCUGGGGCCAACUACGCUCACACUGCCAACCGAGGAUGGUAUUCUGACUCCCACCUCAGCUCUGAGGCUAUCCAAGACGGCUGCCGCGACAUUGCUUACCAGCUAGUUCAUAACACAGAGAUAGAUGUCAUACUUGGUGGAGGUCGACAGUACAUGUUUCCGGUAGACAUGAAAGACCCAGAGUAUCCAACUUCUACAGGAGACCGAGAGGAUGGACAAAAUCUUGUUGAGGAGUGGCUCAAAAAUAAAGAGAAAGCUAAGUAUGUUUGGAACAAAGCUGAAUUUGAUGCUGUCAAACCUGCAAACACAGACUUCCUGAUGGGUCUUUUUGAGCCCAAAGACUGCCACUACGAGUUGGAGCGUGAUUCGUCUAUGGACCCCUCCCUUGCAGAGAUGACGGAAAAAGCAAUUAAGAUUCUCAGCAAGAACAAAAAGGGAUUUUACCUCUUUGUAGAAGAUAAUGGGAGAAUUGACCAUGGCCACCAUGGAGGGUGGGCCAAAAAAGCUCUCUAUGAGACUGUUGAGUUUGACAAGGCGAUCGGGCGAGCAGCUGAGCUCACCAGCGAGCUGGAUACCCUGUCAGUGGUCACUGCUGACCACUCACAUGUCUUUGCCUUUGGAGGAUAUUCUGCCAGAGGAAAUUCUGUUUUCGGGGUGUCUCGCUCACUAGCUGAGGACAGAAAACACUACACCACUGCUGUCUAUGGAAACGGACCAGGGUACCGCAAUGGAACCCGUCCAGAUAUGAAUGAGUCAAUUUCAUCGGGUGAUAAUUACCAUCAGCAGGCUCCUGUCCCGCUUGAGUCAGAGACCCACGGCAUAGAGGAUGUUGCCAUAUUUGCCAAAGGUCCCAUGUCACACCUUUUCCAUGGGGUCCAGGAGCAGAACUACAUUGCCCACGUCCUGGCUUAUGCUGCCUGCCUGGAGCCCUACGAGAACUGCGAAUUGCCCCCGCCUGACCACGCUGGAUCCAUCCACCCCAGCCUGCUGCUCCUCCUGAUGGGCCUCCUUCUCCACUACUUCUGCUCUCUCUAAGAUGGCAGCCUUUGUAGAAUGUCCUGACCUUGAAAUAACUGUGAUGGUUGACAUCUUGGUUAAACAUAACUUAUUCUUUACACUUUUUUAAAUGUAAGAGCUGUA